UCUGUAGAAAAAUUCCAGGUCAUUGUGAGCGGCGGGAUAACCAUGGGUCACCCCUGCUGCAAGAGCUUCCGAUGCACAGAUCCACUUCUCCAUUCACGCAACCACUUCUGCUAUACUCAUCAAAACUUAGCAGAUAUCUGUGCUGUUGAUCAGUGUGUCCUCAAGAUUGUUUUAACACCCACCACCAAGCAAUCUUGCAAUGACCCAGCCCAUUGUGCCAUGGAGGAAGCAGCCAACCAGCAAGGACAGUCCAUGUUUGCCCUCACAGACCAUCUU